AUGUCUUAUGUAAGAUCUACACCAAGGAAAAAAGUUUCAGCACCAAUCGGGAAAUCAUUAGAUACUCAAGAAACAAUACAAAAACCAAAACUUAAAUUAGACAAGUGGGAUCGUUUACAAGAAUUAAAAAGACGUAGAGAAGAAAUAAAACAAUAUGGUGACAGUUCUGAUGAGAAAAGAAAUAAAAAACCUAGAGAGGGUGAUCGAUUACAGGAUGAGAAAUUGUUAAAAAAAAAUAGCAACGUUGAUAAAUCAAAACCCAUAGUAUCGAUAUCACCAACAGAAGAUUUUAAACCAUUAAAACCAUCACCGUUACCAAAGAGUUUACAUAAAUAUGUACAUUUGAAUUCACAUUUGAAGGGCGUUGAUCACGGUCGACUAAACGCAAAAGGAUCUUUAGAGCAUGAAUUGGACAAAGCUGUAGAGAAUGGAGAUUUAGUUCUUGCGACAAAAAUAAGUGAUCAAAUUGCACAAAAAAAUUAUGAAACUAUAGUUUCUGAAGCAAUUGAAAGAAAAGAAUACAACGAGGCAAAGGAGAGAGAAGAAGCAUUCAAAGCUAAAAAAAAGAAACCGAAAUUAAGAUGGGGAUUUGAAACAAAGCAACGUUGGGAGACUAAAAGUAAUAUGUAA